AGCCAACAGAAACCAAAGAUGACUGCGUGAAGCAAAAUGGAUUCAACCAAGCACAGCCUGGCCCUGAAAAUGCCGUAUGUAAACGGAGAAUUCGAGUCAGUGAUGAAAGAGAUGGUGCAAAGACGAGACAGUCUGAAUGGUGAGAAGCAAAAGGACGCAGAAACCAGAGAGACAGAUGUUGUUGAUGGGCUAACAACAGCUGCAGACAAAAUCCACCACAGGGGGUCUGCAGAGAAAAACAAGUACAGCACGAUCGGCUACCAGAGGAGAACCAAGCAGAAGGUUGUGACUGACUUUGCAACUCUGAGUAAAGGAUCUUCAUCAGGAGCCAAAUCCAGAACUCCGCUGAAACAGGUCUUUAACAGCGUCGUCAGCCAGGGAGUGUCUGAGAAAACGUCUGAGGAGCGAGGUCAGCUGGAUUUGUUAAUCAGAGAUCUGGAGGCCUUUGUUGUUCCUGCUAGCCUGAAAUGGAUCUGGAAGGAGGAAAGCCAGGGAACAGCACUGGAGAACAGCUGGACAGAUUUGGUGAAGUCUUACUCAACAAUGCCAAAGAAGCAGAGACACCAACAGGCGGCGCUGUGGGAGUUUGUACAGACUGAGCUGAUCUACAUCAACAAGCUGAAAAUCAUCAAAGACUUGGUUAUUGCUGCUCUGGUCCACCUGAACCAGCAUGACCUUCUCAUGGAGGUGACCCCCGAGCCACUUUUCUCCAACCUGCCCUCCAUUUUGCAAGCUCACCAGCUGUUCUGGCAGGAGGUGGUUUAUCCCAUGUUACAGGAAGUACGAAUAACAGGCCAACCUUUUAACCCCAUGAGGCUGGAGGCUGGUUGCCUGCAGUUCCACGAGCGCUUCUUUGUUUACCAUCAUUACUGCUGGGAGGAGAAAAACAACCUAGACUUCACACGCAGGCAGAUGGAGAGCAACCCACAUUUCGUUGCUUUUGUGCAGUGGGUGGAAAAACACCCUCAGUGUGAGCGGAUGCGGCUUGGAGACAUGCAGGCCAAACCACAUCAGAGGAUUACAAAGUAUCCCCUGCUGCUCAAAGCUGUGCUGAAAGAAACCCAGGAGACUCUCACGCAACAGGCCCUCAGAGCGAUGUUAACCACUGUGAACAGCUUUUUAGAAAGUAUCAAUGGUUCCAUGCAGCUGAAAGAUGAGCGGCUCGCACUGUCCGUCUCUGCACAGAGGUUAGAGGGAUAUGCAGUGGAGGGAAUAAAUGAUGAAGUCGACAAGUUUGUCCGAGAUAUCUGCCAAUUUGAUCUGACAUGCCCCAUCAAAGGAGUGGGUUGCAACGUUGUACGUAAGCUGCUGCUGGAGGAGAACCUGAAAUUACGAGGCAGAAAGGACAGCAAGGUGGAGGUGGUGGCUCUCCUGUUUUCAGACGUUCUACUUCUGACUAAAGUCCAGAAAAAAGCGGAGCGGCUAAAAGUGGUUCGACCUCCUCUGGCGCUGGACAGAACGAACUGCGUUCCACUGAAAGAUGGCUAUUCCUUUGUUCUGGUGGAGGUAGGUGAGCUUCAAUGCAUGAUGAAUGUUCUCAUCCUUGUGACCAGCACCACUGAGAGUCGCUCCACAUGGGUCGACACCAUCCAGAGAGCAAAGGAAACACUCUUGACCCUGAGAAGGCAAGAGAACAACAGACUGGACAACGUGAGGUUACAUCAGCUGGAGUCCAAGCCUGCUGGAGACAUCAACAAUGAUGACAUAGACAUAGAAGAACAACCUCUCGUGCAGUCAAAACCAGAAAGUUAUAUUAAUGAACUUACUGAUGUAUUAAAUAAAAAACAGACCGUUUACGGAUCUGAGGCAGCCGAUCAGGAUCAUCCAUCAGAUCAGAUUUCCCCUAUCAACCCUGGAUUACCUCCUAGGAACCCCCAUCACGGCAGCAAAGCCUAUAAAUCAGUACGUAAGAACAUCCCGACUCGACAGCCAGAAUUUAAAGGACAUGAGUGGAUGGAAAUGGGAACAGGGAGAGAACAGGGUGGAAAACAAAUUGAGGAAGAUGAGAACAUUGUUGAAACUCAGAUGACAAACAAACAAAGUAGAAUGUCGAAACGCUGGGGGCCGUAUAUUUCUCAACCUAAUCAUUACACUCAAAAUGAGGCUGCUGGUCCAGGAAGAUACACUUCAACUAGACCACCCAGUCAUCGAAUAGAACUCCCAGAUGUCGACUACCCGACAGAUGAGGAGAGCACUUCACAAGUUCCUCACGAGCCAAUUAUCAUGUCCAGGCAGCAGCUUGCAAGACCAUCAGUAGAAAAACGAAUAUUAACAAGGAGCAGCUCAGAUAUUCAGCUCGUGACGCAAAAAGACAGGAAAAACUCUUUCUCCAGUCAGUUUGGAGACAUGGAUACGGAAACUACUCUUGAUGCUGCAGGCUUCCCCCAAAACUUAAAGUCUCCUGGGUUACAGAGGAGGAGGCCAGGCAGCACCAGUCAGGGACCCCCAACUCCAACAUACAAGCAGUUCCUCCAUGAGCCGAACCAAACUCUGACCUCCCCAAACAGUUCUUUAAAUUCAGAGUCUGAGCACAGCUUACAACCAAAGAGAAACUCCCUUCCUUCUAUGUUCAGUCCAGGCACCCAGCAGGGGAUCAACCUGGGCUCCCAGAGGUCAACCAAAAGCAAGACUCCAAAUCCAAGCUUAAAGUACUCCUCGGAUGUUGAAGCCUUUUCUGAAUCUGAGCUGCCACAAACCAAAUUCAUGGACAAAAAGCCCAAAUUUAAAGACUUCAGGAGUUCCUCCAGUCCCAACAUACUCAACACAGGAGGUCAGGGGCCGCGUAGACCCUCUGAUAGCUCGUCCACAUCACACAAAGAAGAGAAAAGUCCCAGCUCAGGAUACAACCCAAAUGAACAAACGUCAUGUGUGGAGGGAGUUUUAGAAAGAGCUAUAGAAAGGGCAAAAGACAAAAGUGGAAUAAAAAGAGGCCGACAGGUAAAAACAGUCCCCCUAAGGUCAGGGGCCCUGCGUCCUUCCUCCCCAUUCAACAAUGCCUCAUCGCCCACACCCAGUGAUGGAGGCAAUGAGACAGAUUUGGAGGAGGUGGCGCUGAUUAGACCCAGAGUCCUCACAGUGAGCACAGGAUGGAAGGAGCAGUUGGUCGACGGCGAUGAGGACGACAAGAGGAACAGUAACUCCGUUUCCUAUGGCGUAAACGUGGACUGGACAGGCUGGUGCUUCGAUGACGACGAAGUCAUGGAUCACUUGACCCCCAGAGGGGAAGGAUUUCUGGAGGGAUUUAGCCGAUCUCUGGCCAACUGGGGUCUCAACCGAAGUCUAGAGCAAGACGACGGAGAAUGCAGUCAGGUGUAAAUGUGUAACGUGAGGUUCAGUGACCAAUCUGAAGUCAGUUUUGUUAAUUUAGUAAAUAAUAAAUAAAGUGGGAAUGCAGAUAAAAAAAAUAUUAUGUAGUUUUGGUUGCACAAGCAGAUGCAGAAGACAUUUCUUCCGUAUCUAAAUUUAUAAGCGAAGGUAAAUUUGUAAAAUAUUGUAAUAUAUUCAGAAUCAUAAAUAUACUAUAUAUUUUACCAUUUUUAAAAUGUUGAUUAAUUCUAUAUUUUAUUUAUAGCAGCCUCAUGAAAGUCUUCUCAUUCAGCAGAAGAAUUCUGUACAAUUCUGUACCAAUAAAACCAACUUUAUUUCUG